AUGUCCAAUGAACACCAAAACUACGAUGUUUUUCUCAGUCUUGGUGGCCACGACACCCGCUACACCUUCACUGGUAAUCUCUUUAAAGCUUUGUGCAGCAAGAGAAUCAAGACCUUUUUCAGAGAAGAUGAAUAUCAUCUUAAGUCACACACUAAUGACACCCAAAUUUCACCCUCUGCUCUUAAAGCAAUACAAGAGUCUAAGAUUUCCAUCAUUGUUUUCUCCCAAGAUCAUGCCUCCUCCCCAAGAUGUCUCGAUGAACUUGUGACCAUCCUUGAGUCUAAGAUGAUGAACAACCAACUCGUCUGGCCAAUCUUUUACGAAGUGGAACCGUCGGAUGUAAGAAAUCAGAGAGGUAUAUAUGAAAAAGCCAUGUAUGAAUUUGAAGAUAGAUACUCCAAUGAGAGGAUGAAGAAAUGGAGAAAAGCUUUGUUUGAAGUCUGCAACUUGAGUGGAUGGUUUUACCGAGGGUACGAGUACGAAUAUAAAUUCAUCGGAAUGAUUGUUGAAUCAGCCCUGCAAUCCCUGCCCCGAUAUGAUGUUUUUCUCAGUUUUUGUGGAGAGGAUACCCGCUACACUCUCACAGGUUUUCUCUACAAUGCCCUUCGCCGAGAGGGUUUCAAAAUCUUCAUGGAUGAUGAAGAAUUGGAGGGUGGGAACCAAAUUUCUCAAACUCUAAUGGGAGCCAUUGAAACUUCGAGGAUUUCAAUUGUUGUGUUCUCUGAAAACUAUGGAUAUUCCCCGUGGUGUCUUGAUGAACUCGCCAAGAUCAUUGAGUGUAUGAAGACCAAGAAUCAGAUGGUUUGGCCAAUAUUUUACAAUGUGGAAAAGUUGGAUGUAUGCAAUCAAACAAAAAGUUAUGGUGAGGCCAUGACUGCAUAUGAAAAAAGAUUUGGAAAGGACUCUGAGAAGGUGCAGAAAUGGAGGUCUGCUUUGUCUGAAAUUACCAACUUGGAAGAAGGAGAGCAUCUCAGUGAAAACGAGUACCAACAUGAAUGUAUAGAAAGGAUUGUGGAACGGCUCAUUAACAUUGAAGAUGGCAAGAAGCAUAUAGGAAGUCCUUUACUUGCUCCAAUGAAUAAUGAAUGA